AUGCCGCGCGCGCGGCGCGUGCUGUGCGGCGUGCUGCUGUCGGCCUCCACGGGCGCGCUGGCCGGGGCGCCCCCCGCCGCGCUGGCCGGGGCGCCCCCCGCCGCGAUGGCCGGGGCGCCCCCCGCCGCGCCCGCGCUGCUGCUGCUGCGCCCCGCCGCCCCGCCGCCCCGCCCCUCCUGCUCCUUCCACCUGCUGCCCGAGAGCCAGCGGCUGCUCUUCGCGCACACGCUGCCCCCGGUGGGGCGCGCGUGCUGCGAGGCGGACGCGCGAGAGGGCUCGAGCCCCGACUCGGGCUCCGACUCGGGCUCCGACUCGAGCGCCGAGUCGGGGCCCGAGCCCGAGCGCGAGCCCUCCGACUGGGCUCAGUGGAGGGCUCCCCCGCCCCGGCCCGAGCCCUCCGAC